AUGGAUUCUGCAGACACUCAAUACCUCUACCGAGAGACUCGUCUCAAUCUCGAACCGUCCUCCGCCUCGUCGAUUGUCAACAUCCGUGUCCCCUCAUUGACGUCGAAUGGCAGGGCCACCGCCCGCAGACUCGCCAACGGGAACGACGAUAAGAACGUCAGCGAGGACGAGGUUGCCUUCAGACUUAAGAAUCUAGCGCCGGCAUCUUCGGUCUACCACAGAAAAUGGCACGAUGCACCGCGUAGCUUCCUUUGGAGGCUGCUGGAGGAUGGCUUGGUAUUGAGCCUCCGCGUUGUCGACACCUGUCGCCAGGAGAAGGCAUCUGAUGCACCUUUGGUACUAAACUUUAGAUUUUCGGUUCCGAUUCAGCCCUCAUGCAUCGCCUUCUCUGAUCCUCGGGAGCACGAUGCGCUUUCCAUGUUCGUUCUCGACGAGUCCAACUAUCUCUAUACCUUCACGCUGCGACCGGACUUCUUUAGAAAGCGCUCCGCGAUCGAAGCCGGACCAGGCGAUGCUUGCAAGGUCUACCAGCCAAAAGUUUUCGGCCUCAAGCACCCACACCGCAUGGUCGCGGCGAGCACCGACCAGGUUGUUAUUUCGCUCCACGAUGGUGGCCUGGUGAGGUUAGAUCGGAACAGGGCUCACGACUCCUCCAGCAACCCCUGGAAAGAGACAAUUUACAACUCGCAAGGUUGGGCACAGGGAAUCCGCAGUUUCCUUCCUUUUAAGCAAAACCACUCUAUUCGGUAUCGUAACAUUUCAAUGGAUGCGAGCGCAGCGACAUCGAUACAGGUGACGGAUUUAGGCUUGGAUGAGGCUGCCUUCCUCUUCACUGUUUGUCUCGAUCACCGUAUGCGCAUCUGGAACCUACGCACCGGUCAAAUCCUCUUUACUGGCGACAUCUUGAAUUCCGACCGUAACCCUCAAGAGAUGGGUAAAUGGCAGAUUGAACCUGCUCAAUCGAACCUAUUGCAGCUUGUUGGUGAAGGUGCUGGAAAGAGGAUGUGUGCCACUUACUCGCCAAUCGGUGCCGGAGAGUUUAAGUUCUGGAACAUCAAAGCUCACGACAACGAAACCAUCUAUGUCGAAGAUGCUUUCCCCGACACACACCUUGUCCCGUCCUCACCGUCCUUGUCAGACGUUUGGACUCUGGCUGAUUUCGUUUUGUCUAGCCCCUCGGAUGGUGGUGUGCAGUUGUGGACACUGUGGAAGAACAACAUGACUUACCGAGUCCAAGAACUCGAACUUGACAUGGAUAAUGUUGCUGGGUCAUGGGAGAAUGAGUGGAAUUCUGUUCAUAUUGAUACGUCUUAUCCUACAGCACAAAUAUCUGGCCCCUCCGACCCAACAGAUACGACCGAGAAAUGGUUGGAGUUGAUCCUGGCACCUGGCCGCUUCACAAAAUCUACACUUGAGACGGCUCUCUCUAUCUACGAGAAAGGACUGGGUACUCCAAAAGAUGGCGGCUCAAAGGGCCAGAAGGGUCUGGCGGAAUCUAUCUGCUCUGUUCUUGCCUCGACGGCAUCCCUAGACCGCAACUCUACAGGAAGCAUGGAUUAUGAGCAAUUCCGUGCCAGCAGUGAGAUUCAGUGGCGGAGAUUCUAUCGUCUGCUUAUUGAACUGGAUAAACAGCGUGGUGAGGCCGUUGCUCUAAUUCUGGACUCAGAUGCGGAGAUGACUUGGGUGGUCUGCGCGGAUGCUGUUUCCGCCAUUCGAGAAUGUAGUCAACUUGAACGGCUGUACUACAACCUCUCGCGACCGGAUGAGGGAUCCGAGAAAACUGCAACACUUGUUUCUACGGGAAUCAACUUUGUUGACGCGAUCUCUGAUGGCAUCUUGCAGGUCUGUAACGCUGCCCUGCGGCCCGAAAUUUUUGAAGAAACGCCAAGGACAGAUUACGAACGAAUUCAGUACAUGUUCGACACUACCGCCAUGUGGCGUAGUGUCAGCGAAGAAGAUUGCGCUCAGGUCAUUGAGAGCCUCGGACAGAGCUACAAUGGCGUGACGAUGGACUUGUACGAUAGUCUUGCUGCCUUGGUCGCUGCUAGCGCAGACUCUGGAAGCCGUAAAGCUCGGCUGCCCCUGACUGACUUCGGAAGAAAAUUGGUCGCGAAAACUGUCCAGGAAACAAUCGAGCUUCAGUGGAAGGUUGUCUUCAGUCAGCUCCUGCUGUUGGUCCAUAUGGAGUUUGACUGGGAGCAAGAGGAAGAUAUGCUUUCCAAACGGUUUGACAUUGGCGCUGUAUUCCGGCAAUUCCUUGAGUCACUUCGCAGAAUAGAGCUGCUUCGGUGGCUUUCUAAGACUGAGAUCACAGUUCCUGUUGGGAACAAGCACGAGCGCAAUGGAUCCUUCUCUGGCUCGCCGAACUCGUUGAAGCGAACCGGAGAGGAGACCCAAACUAUUACUGCCUUGGAGGGUAACGUAGGACAUCUCCUUGGCUUCGUCGACAGCAGGGACGAGCCUUUGGCCGCUAGCAUCACGAGCAUUGUCACUGAUCUCUGCGCCCCAAAUAGUGACAUUGAAGUGUCACCUACCCUUAUCCAAUGCUCUCUGAUCAGGAGAGAACGAGCCGACCUGGCUCUGGAGCUCACCCCGUUCUGCAGUCAAACACCGUUCGCCAUCUACAUCCAGGGCCGUGUCUUCCUUGCUCUAAAGGACUUUGCUUCGGCUGCAAUUCACUUCCGCAAAGCGGCGAUUGGCAUGAGUGUCCGUGAUGUGGACGUUGACCGCCACAGCAGCGGCCUCCUUGACGAUACGGAGUGGAAUCUGCUCAACAAAGGUCCGGCCCGCUACCAUUGCCACAUUGUGGCUCUGUUCGAGAAAGCCAAGGCAUACUCCUACGUGAUUGAAUUCGCCGGCUUGGCCAUCCAAUACUCCCACGCAAGCUCUGAGGCUGCUCUGGUGAGGAGCGAGAUGCUCAGUCGCCAAUUCAACGCAGCCACAGUCCUUUCGCGUUUUGAUGUUGCCCAUGCAAGCCUGCUAGCCAUGAAGGACAAGGCGAUGCAGCAUUCGUCUCUGCGCAAGCUAGUAGACAAGAUGUGCGAGACUUACCACAACAGCGAGCUCAUGUCACUUCCCUUCCCCGGGCUGCAAGACUCUAUUGAUGAGAUCCUGGCCCAGAGAUGCAAGUCAACGAUGGAUGUCCUCAAUGGCAUUCCUUACCACCAAAUACUCUACUCUUGGAGAAUCAAGCAUAGCGACUACCGUGGUGCCGCCACAAUUCUUCUCGAUCGUAUUCACAAGCUGCGAUAUGCUGGGGAAGGUGACAAGCUCAUCGGCGAGGAUGUUUUGGACACGCCAAUCACGAAGCAAUAUCUACUGCUUAUCAACGCUCUAAGCUGCGUCGAUCCUAAGCAGGCUUGGAUCUUUUCGGAGGAGCUGCGUCCUCCCAACUUGAGGGAUACGAACUGCCAAGGGAAGCGCAAGGUCGUCACCUUGUCAGACCUGCGCAAGCAGUACCAAGACGAGCUAGACAGAAUCGCCGCCAUCCAGAACAAUCAGUUUGGAUUCGAGGCGGACGACGGUAUGGACAUUUUGUAA